AUGCCUCUCAACCCGGCGCUAAACGACGACUUGCUCCUGCACAGCUUGGACCACGCUGAAGAGCCGCGGGAUCGUGCCCUCCUGCGUAUGCAAAACUACCAACAACAAGCAACCAUGUACUACGCCAGGAAGGUACGAAACCGACGUUUCGAGCUCCAUGACCUUGUCUCCAAGAAAGUCCACGACUUUACCAAACCUGAGCACGCCGGCAAAUUCGGAUUCCAUUGGGAAGGACCAUUCCGCAUCACAAAGAUCGUCAACCUGGAGUCUACGAGCUCGACGACUGCCACGGAAACCCACUCCCUCGCUCAUGGAACUCCAUAA